UUUGACUGUAUAUCCUGUUUUACUUUUUUUGGACUUUUAGGCCUAUGGGUGGUGUCCCAGUGGAGUGGCUUGCAGCUUAUCGCAUAACACAGACUUGAUUAUUGAAGAAGAUGAAAAGAAUAUGGAUGUCAGGAGGAAGAAAAAGAAGAAGUGGAAACGUAAAGGCACGUGCAGCGAGUGUCCUGAUGUGUUGGAAGGUGCUCCUCCAUUUAAACAGGUCUGUGCUUCGGACCCUGAACCAGUGAACGAGGCCAAGCAAGCUGAGAAUGGUCAGCCUGGAGAGGAGCCAAUGAAGGAGCAAAAUGCUAACCUGCAAGAACCUGCUAAAGAAGAACUGCCACACGAGACUGAAGGUCAGACUGUUUCAAAAAGCAGUCAUGAAGGAAAGGCUAAACCGGCGGAAAAAAUCCAGAGCAUCACAAGCAAACAAAGCGAGAGUGGGACGCACCGAGCUGGAUUUGAUGCUUUUAUGACGGGCUACAUCUUUGCUUACAUGGUCAGCGUACAGGAGGGAGCAGAGUUGGACACCAAAGUCGAGGACUGCUUGCCUGACUGCUUGAACAAACUGUAUCUCAGUGGCAAGUCGGUGCCUCUGCAGAUCGUCAAGAGCACUUACUCCAAUUCUUCAAAAGCUCAUACUCAGAAGAUCAAACUGGUCUGGAGCUGACAGUCGGGCUCCUAUUGUAAACUGGCCGUAUUAUUGAACCGUCUGUUUGCCCACUAAAAUGAUGGAAUGUUAUUCAUUACAUAUUUUUUGCCAUGGAAAUAAAAUGUUUAACAAGAUU